AACGUUCUGAUGGGACUUUCGAAAAGACUACUGUUGUAUGUAAGUUGUGCAAAAAGGAGUUUGCUUUUCACCGAAGCUACUCAAGCCUAAAAUAUCAUCUCAAUGCAAAACAUGUUGCGGAAACUUGACCAGGAAAAUGAAACCCUAAUCCAGGAUGUUUCCACAAGGUGGAACUCCACACUGUUUAUGAUCUGUCGUCUUCUCAAAAACAAAGAGGCAGUAAAGGCUACUCUGGACAAACAGAGGCACAAACUUGUCUUAUUAUCAGCAGCAGAGUGGACAAAACUAGAGAGGUUGGCCGACUUCCUUGAACCAUGCAGAUAUGUGACUGAUCUUCUCGGUGGAGAGACUUACAUCUCAUGUUCUGCGGUCUUGCCUGUCCUACGAUUCCUGGACCACACUAUGAAGGUCUCUGAUGAGGAUUCUACCUACAUUGUGAAAUUCAAGACUGCUUUCAUAAAGGACUUGUCAGAGCGGAAAGCUGCACUUAAUUAUGAUUGGCUCAAAAUGGCUACAGUGCUUGACCCUCGCUUUAAGGACUUAAAGUGUCUUCCAAGAGAAGAGCGAGAAGGCGUGUGGAAAAAGCUUGAAGAACUCCUUCAAGAUGGAUCUAUAAAAGCUACCUCUGAGCCCACAGAUGAGCCACCAAAAAAGAAAGGCCUCUUGUGCUUUUCUUCUGACUCUGACUCUGAUUCUGAUGAUGUAGGGUCUAACCAUGCCUUGAGCCUCUAUAAAGCAGAACAGACAAUCAGUGAGACAGACUGCCCACUACAAUGGUGGUCAGUGCAUGCAGGGGCACAUCCACAGCUCUCCGCUCUGGCUAGAAAACACCUAUCAAGUCCUGCCACUUCUGUCCCAUGUGAGAGGGUGUUCUCACUUGCUGGGAACAUCAUCCAGAAGAAAAGAGCAGCCUUAAGCGCUGAAAAUGUGAACAGGCUUGUUUGUCUCAGUAACUGGCUCAAGGAGAAAAAGUAG